AUGGUCAGACUCCGCGACAGGAUCGCAUCGUCGCAUCUGGCCCUUCUUAAGUUCGAAAACGAAUCCCCUGACAGCUUCAACAUGUCUUCCGUGGGGCGCGUGAUCCGACAACUGACCUCCUCGAGGAAACUCGAGGCAGCAGAGAUGAUCAGCACUGACUCGCUGAUCUCGUUCCCAGAAGAAGCACCGCAAGUGAACCUUGCGGUGGUGGACACUCAGUUGAACAUGCACCGGUUCAACGCACUUUUUGAAGAGGAAAUGGCGCUAGAAGGCCCCAAAGACUCUCACAAUUCGCCCGCGCCAGCCCCCACCUCGGCGAGUCCGCGCCUCGGCAAUGAGGCUCCAACAGAAUGGUCGGCGGUCGGCCAUGCAGCGGCGACAGGCAAGUCCGGCCGUGUCAUCCACAACCUGCAGGAGGAGGUUGCUCGUCUGAAGCGGGACUCCGCCCUCUGGCAAUCCAGAGCGGAGGAGUCUCAGCGAAUCAGCGAGGCUCUCAAACUCCAACUGCAGGACAUGGCCGACCGCCUCCAGCACCAGGAGCAGGUCAAUGACACCAGCCUCAAGUCCAUCGACCGGAAAGACCGCAAGAUCGAGGACUUGCGCGCCGAGCUACAUGCGGAGCGCACCAAGCGCCACGACGCCCAAAUCGUGGCAAACGAGACCAAUGAGGCGAUGCGCGUGGAACGUGAGAACCACCAUCGCGAAAUGGCUCGGCUGCAAGAGGAGGCCAAGUACUACAGCAACCAGUACGAGGUCCUGAGCAGUGCCACGAAGCGGGAGAAGAACGACUUGGGCCGCCGGGUGGAUGACGCUUGGGACAAGGUGCACUCCAUGGCAAAGGCGCAGGUCACCCAUGUCGAGUGCUCUGACCGGCUGAUGGUCAUUGGGGACCAGAAGAACCGAGAGAUUGAGGUCAUGAACGAGCGGUACGAGAAGGCCGUGGCCCUCCACAGCAGCUACAAAGAGACCAAGGACAAAGAGUUCCGCGGUACCGUCGAUCGGGCCCACGCCAACAACGAACUGAUCGAUGCAACUCUCAGAGAGCUCAAGGAAACUCAGGACAAGAUGAAGUGGGUGAUCCGGAUGAGUGAGCUCAAUGAGAACAAGAAGGCCAAGGACAAGGCCGAAGAGCAGCCAACGCCCGAACCAUCCUCGUAG